CUACGAUUGAUCAAUACAUUGAUUUACUGAAUUGGCGAAAAAUUAAAAAUUGGAAAAUCCCUCAGUCAACAAAAAAAUCGCACAAAAUGAUGUGCGAUAGAUUUUUUUGUAGAUCUCUCAAGUCUUGAAAUUUCAGAUUCUUCUUUGGAUACGAAAGGUGGUGGGUUAAAUACCAUCAUCAGUAGCAAGGGACACUUUCCCUUGAACGUGUAAACAAAGAUGGGAGUUCAAGGUUUAUGGCAGUUACUAAACCCAACAGGUCGUCCAGUAUCAUUACAAUCACUAGAGGGUAAAAUACUUGCAGUUGAUGUAAGUAUAUGGUUACACCAGGCAGUCAAGGGUAUGAGGGAUAGGGAUGGUAACCCUCUACCUAAUGCUCAUCUACAAGUCCUGUUUAAUAGACUGUGUAAACUCCUGUACUAUAGAAUCAAACCAGUCUUUGUAUUUGAUGGAGGUGUUCCUGUACUCAAGAAACAAACAAUGGCUGGUAGAAGAGAAAAGAAAGAAUUUGCAGAACUAGAAAGUGAUAAAGCAACAAAAAAUCUUGUGCAAAAUUUAAUGAAAAGCCAUGCAAUCAAUGCAGUGUUGAAAAAAGAUGACAGCAGUAAGCACAGUUCAUCUGGACCAAAACCCUCUACCUCAAAUCAAGGGAAACCAGACAUGUUUGAGUUACCUCCCCUACCAGAGGAAUUUAAAAGUAUCUCUGAAGAAAGCAGGAGAGCAGAAUUUUCAGCUCAAGAAAGAUUGUUACUGGAUGAGGUUGAUUUAAAUCAAAUUGACAUAGAAUCAGAUGUGUUUAACAGUCUGCCAUCAGAAAUGAAACAUGAAGUCCUCACUUUGUUAAAAGAAAAGAAGAAAAGACAUACAUGGAAUCAGAUACUAGAACUUCCUCAGGAAUCUAAUGACUUCUCCAAGUUUCAAAUGGCAAAGUUGAUGAAACAGAAUAAGCUGUCCUCUCGAUUGGCUGAUGUUACAAAGGAAAUGAAUGACAACAGAUCAGGGGACUUAACUCGUUUCCUAGGAGAUGAUUUUUACAGUGAUGCUAUAGAAACCAGAAAAAUAAUGUCAGACGACACUGCACACUCUAUAUUGAUCAAGGGGCUUGGAAGUAAGGAACAGAAAGAAGAAAUGGAAAGAAUUAGACUAGAAUUGGAAGAAAAGAAGAAAGAAGAAAACUCUGAUGAGAAAGUUGGAGAUCAAUUGGAAGAAAAUAAACAGAAUAUUUCAUAUAAGACUGAUGAAAUUAUUGAAAUUGAAGAAAGUCAGAAUGAUUUAAAUAAGAUAUGUAAUAAUUCUAAAGCAGAUGAAGAAAGUCAGAAUGAUUUAAAUAAGAUAUGUAAUAAUUCUAAAGCAGAUGAAGUAAUUCAAGAUAAUAAAACUGCUGUUAAUAAAGAUGGUCCUAGCAAAAUAAAUUGUCCAACCAAGGUAAAUACUGAAAGACAGGAUAUUUUAAAAGAACUGCAGCAACGUAUGAAUGUUUUAAAGGAUAAAAGUUCAGAGGAAGAUUCUUUGCCCUUAUGUGAUACAAAUUCAGUUGAAAGAAAUGACAAUGAAAAUCACCUUCAGAUAGGAAGAGGCCAGAGGGUUAACUUGGUUGAUGAAAGCAGCAAAGUAAUUGAUGAUGUCCAAGUUGAAGCAAAGAGUGAAGGUGUACUGAAAAAAGUGAAUGUAGAAAAUACAAAUAUUGAAACCCCAGCAAUUGUCUGUGAUCAAGAAAUUGUACAGUCAAAAAUAAAAGAUAGCAGUCAAACUGUGGAGAUGACAGAAAAAAUGUCAUCUGUCUCACCAGAAAAGGCGGAAAAUAUGUUAUUUGUCUCACCAAAAAAGGCGGCAAAUAUGUUAUUCGUCUCACCAGAAAAGACAGAAAAAGAUUUGAAGUCAACUCGACAAAGUAUUUUAGAUGAACUUCGUCAAAAAGUGACUGUUCUGAGUUCUGAUUGUAAAAUUGAAAACAAUGAUGAAGAUAGUAUGGAAAUUGAUAAUGAAAAGAAAGAGUCUGAAAUAAAACAAGUUAUUUCAGAAAAUAGGAAAGGUUCAUUAAAGAAACAGUUAUCUCUUGAGGAGAAACAAGAAGUCAAGAGAAGGAAAUUGAAUCAAGUGAUUCCUGCAGAAGAUGAUUCAGAGAUGAAUAAACAGCCAUCAGAGAAUAGCAGUGAAAGUGAUUCUGAAGAUGAAGGGUUUAUUGAAGUAGUACUUGACAUAGAUAAAGCCCAACCAGAUGACCUGUUUCCUGCAGACAUAUUCCAACCAGCACAGAAAGUGGAAGAAAACAUUGGCAUUGUCUCUGAUGAAGAACCAGUCUAUCAACAGUACCAGGAGGAGGUUGACUCCUCCCCUGAAGCACAGGAAGUAACUGAAGACUUACAGGAAGUGAUGUCAGAAGGAGAAAAUUCAAAAGAAAUAACAUCAAAUUACAAUAUUGACGGGAUUGAGGAUGAUAAUAUGCACGGAGACUUAGUACAACAGUUCACAAAUUUUACUGAGGAUGAUAUGAGAGAUUAUCAGGAGAAUUUAGAAGCAGAAAGUCGAGAUCUUCAGCAGGAAAGAGGAAAACAAGAAAGACUGGCUGUGUCAAUCACAGAUCAAAUGUACACAGAAGCCCAGGAGUUGUUGGAUUUGUUUGGUGUACCGUACAUUGUGAGUCCAAUGGAGGCUGAAGCUCAAUGUGCCCAGUUAGAUAUAUCAGACCUGACGCAAGGCUCAAUAACAGAUGACAGUGAUGUCUGGUUGUUCGGUGGAAAACGAGUUUAUAAAAAUUUCUUCCAACAAGACAAACAUGUAGAAUUCUUCUCUGAAUUAAGUAUCCAUUCACAGUUAGGUAUUGGAAGAGAAGUUUUUAUUAAACUGGCCCUUUUAUGUGGUAGCGACUACACUUCAGGAAUUCAGGGUGUAGGACCAAUCACUGCUAUGGAGGUACUUACAGAAUUCCCUGGAGAAAACUUAGAAGGAUUAAUGGAAUUUAAAAAAUGGUGGAAUGAAGCUCGAAAUCAGAUAACAGCUCCACUAGAACCUAAAAUCAAGACAAAAUUGAGAAAAUUAGAGGUUCCAGAAGGUUUUCCUAAUGAACUUGUAGUAGCAGCCUACAUGAAGCCUGAGGUAGAUGAUUCAGAGGAGAAGUUUGCCUGGGGACAACCAGAACUAGAUCUCAUUAGAUUAUUUACAAAGAAAAAAUUUGGAUGGAGUCAGGAAAAAUGUGAUGAAACUCUGGUUCCAAUGAUGAAACAGUUAAAUUUGAGACAAACACAGACAAGAAUACACACUUUCUUUCAACCAGAACAUUUUAUCCAACCAAAAAACAUUAAAAGUAAAAGACUGCAGAGGGCUCUUAAUAUAAUGCAAGGCAAAGUCACUGAUGAACCAGUCCAAUCUUCUGGUAGCCUAACAAAGCAGUCAGUAAAUUCUCCAGUUAUGCCAGGUAUGCAGCAAGUAAAGGCCAUGGCAAGACAAAUCAUGGUUGGAAAAGGUCGAGGCAGAGGUAAAGGGAAGGGAAAAGGGAAAAGUUCAGUAGGACAAAAGAAGACAAAAGUGACAAUAAAAAAUGAAGUAAAUUUGUCAGAGAGCAGUAGUGAAUCAAGUGGUGAUGAUUUAAUUGCUAGCUUAGAUUAUGAAAGUAUGAUUGGAGAAAGUAUACAGCAGUCUAAUUCUGAACUAGGAUCCAGUAGUCCGAUCAUGACUGGUACAAAUAUUGGAAAUGUGAAAAAUAAUUCCAGGGAAAAAGUUAAGAAAUCAGUGAGAAGUAAUUCAUCAUCUACAAACAAUAAAAAGUCUGCUGUUGAAACAACUGUAAUUUCUCAGUCAACCUCUGUUAAUACUGCACCAAGUGAUAACAAUAGUACUUUAGACACUAGUUCUCAGAGUAGCUUAACUGCUGAUCAGGGUACCAGCAAAGUUAGAAGGACUAAACCAAAUAUAACAGUGGGUAAAGCAGGUCAUGCCACUGAAGACUUUUCUCUAGAUUUACCAAAGGAACCUAUAGCUAUGAAAGGUUUCUUGGAGGAUGAAGUUCAUGCCUUUGAUAAAAACAAAAAAAUGAAAUCGAAAACAGUAAAAAAAAAGAAAGAAGAAAUAAAAAAGCAAAAGCCUGAUAAAUCUAAACCAGAGAAGACAAUAGAAGUGAAAAAGAUUGACAAAGGAAAAUCAUUAGUGAAAAAGGGUAACAGUAGAGUUAAAUCAUCGAAAUUGAACAGGGAAGAUACUUCUAAAUCUGAUGUUAACAUGUUUGAAAAUGAUAAGAAUUCUAAGUCAGCUGUUACAGUAAAUGAUCAGAAUGAUUCAGCAGACGUGCCUUUUAAUUUGUUAAACAGAAGAACACGAAGUUGUAGAGCAGGGACAGUUAAUAGAGUGAUGGUUGUAUCAGAUUCAGAUAGCAAUUAAGAUAGAUUAUUAGAUGUAGAGUAAUUAACUACUUAUUUUAUAUAGGUUGUUAUUUUGAGGCAGCUGAAGGAUAUCUCUGAAGGAUUCCUUAUAUUUUUUGUGUGUAUUUUUCACAAAAUAUUUGUGCAUUUUGAAUUUAUAUUUGCAGAUCAGCUACAAUGUCUGUAUAUUUAUUAUACCUCAAUUUACUUUAUUUUAGGAAGGAAGGGUAAACUGCUGUACUUAUUACCAUUUGUUAACCAGGUUGUCUUUUUUAUAAAAUAUUCUAUUGCAUUAUUGUCAGCAAGUUCAUAUGAUAGCUUCUUGGUAUUUAAGCAACAUAUCUUAAAAUUCUUUCAUUAAUCGCCUUCUUAUUUGAUUACUUAAUGUUAAUGACAUGCAAAUAUAGAAACUCAGUAAAUUUAUAAGAUAAUGAGUCCACUUUAUAAUUUCCCCUCUAUUUAUACCAAUUGUACAGUAUUUUUUUUAUGGUUUCAAUGGACUUGUUUUUUAGUCCUCCUUAUUUUGCAGUUACCCUUUGACCUAUGAAUUUUGAAUUUGCUUGAGAUAUCUAACGCCUUUUCUUUUAUACUUUUUGCAUGGGUUUAAAAGUGUUAUAAAUGCUGCCAUACAUCCACAUGUCUAUAGAUAUCAAUGUUAUUUUUAUGUAUGACUAUGAUAGUAAAGGAGCAUUAUCUUUUUUGAUCUGUGCUUCUUUCUGUCCAUCCCUUUGUCCUUCCAUUCCUUAUUAGGUUAAAGGUUUUGGUUAAGGUAGUUUGAU